AUGGCGAAGCACGAUGUCGAGAGGACGAAGGAGGCCUUCGACAGGCAGGCGAUGCUGUUGGAGCUUGUGGCCCGGCAGGCCGCCGAGGUGGCCCGCAUCUCCCAGGAGCUCCGCGCCGCGGAGGGCAACGGCAAGCGGACCGUCGAGAUCGUCGAGGCGGAGCGUGCGGACAAGGCUGCCAAGGCGGAGGCCGCGGCCGCACAGCUGGACGCGCAGCGGGCGGUCUUUGCGCAGGCCCAGAAGAGCCUCGAGCAGGCUGGCAACCAGACCGCGCAGCAGCGCCAGCCGACCUCGCGCGCGGAGGAGGAGCACAAGACGGCGCUGGCAGCCUACCAGCACGACAGGCAGGAGUUCGACCGCCUUCGCAAGCAGGUUGAGGAGGCGGAGGACGCCGCCACCAGAGCAGAGGCCACCCGCACGGAGACGGAGAGCAAGAUGGCGAUGGACACUAGCGAGCUGCAGAGGGACUUGGACAAGGUCAAUCGCCUCAGCAAGAAGCUGAAGGGGGUCCAGGCGAAGGAGAAGGAGGCCGCGGAGGCGGCGGAGCAGAAGGACGCGGGCUCCAAGGUCUCGGGCGACGCCAACCAGAGCGAGGAGGGCAAGAGCAUCGUGCAGACGAUCCUCGAGACG